UUCUAUGAGGCUAGUGAUUGAGGAUAGGGUCUCCCCAAGUGAGGGAUGGGGUACCAUCCUUGGUUGCAUCAACUCUGAUUUUAUGGGGGGGUGUUGCUGCCGAAUCAUCAAUUUUUUGCCGAGCUGUGAUUUUUUCAGGUUGUGGGUUUGGAGUGAUUUCAGAAGUAUUCUCUGAAGCAGAAUCGCUGUGCUCAUCCAGUUUGGAAGCUGAGAAAGAGAUGCAAGGUCUUCCCGCUUUAUAUGUAAGCAUAUUGGAACCAAUUCUACAGGGCCUAGCUAGUGAAGUCCCUGAAUUCCAGAAUUUGUGCAAUUUAUUGUCGUCUUUGAGUAAGCUGGAAGGUGAUAUGGAGAGCCAGAGAAGGGUCAGACGCGUGGUUUAGGAAAGAAUGGCCGAUUACUCAAAUGAUUUGCAGUUACCUGGCCAUGUUCGAGUUUAUGCUCUUGGACUUAUGCAGUCAAUCAUUGGUAGACCUAUUAAGAGCGCCUUUUCGGAGCAACAGUUAAAUGUUAUACCAUGGAAGGGAUGGGAUGAGUUGCAUGAUAUAGGUGAAAGGAGAGUAACUAGCCCAAGUCAAGGGGUUUCCGAAUAUCCUGAUACUUCUAAUGGGUUUACAAGCACUUUGGUUGCCCUUAGAUCAUCACAGAUAAUGGCACCCAUCUGCCCCAGCUUAGAGAUAACUCCGGAUGACCUCUUGGACAUUGGCACGGCAGUUUCUUGCUUCUCAAAAUUAUGCGGAGCAGCUGAUACGGACUCCUAUCUCAAAGCUCUAGUUGCUGUUUUGGCAGAGUGGGAAGGGCUUUUCGUGGUUGGAAAAGACGGCAAGAAUUCUGCAGAAGUGACUGAUGCAGGAGAUGACUGGGAGAAUGACGAUUGGAAUGAAGGCUGGGAAAGCUUUCAGGAAGUAGAGCCACUCAACACAGAAAACAAAGGAAGCUCUUUGUCUCUCCAUCCCUUGCAUGUUUGCUGGUCUGAGCAAAUCCAAAGACAGGUAGCUCUGUCCCUUUUUGGGGAUGUUCUACCAUUCUUGGAUCUAUCUCUGUCCAAACCAAAUGGCAUAUUACUCUACGAAGAUAAUGCUUGGAGCAUGUGUGAGAUGGUGCUGGGAAGGGACUUUCUAUGGGCUUUCAAGAUGAUGAUGUUGCUUCCUUAUGGAGAUUUGCAAUUGAAUUGCCUGGAUGCAUUUGAAGAAAAACUGAAACAAGAAGGCAUGACAGACAGAAUAGGCAAGGAUCUUGACGUCCUGAUUCUUGUGCUCUAUUCAGGGGUCAUCUCUACGAUAAUUUCCAGGUCCUUGUACGACAAUUCUUUCUCUUAUAUCUGCUAUUUGGUCGGAUACUUCUCUCGUCAGUGUCAAGAAACAUGUUCGUUGAGGCUUGCACAUGAAGAAACGAGCUCAAGUGAAGAUGAGAAUGUGAACUUGUAAAGGCAGAUCAGAAGAUGCUUGCCGGAUUUAUUAUCACCAAAUACAUGCACGCUAAUGUAUCUCUUAGUCUCAUCAAUAUCGCAGAGGCCAGUCUUUGAAGAUUUCUUGAAGGUCAGCUGAAUGAACUGCAUCACGGAGACUUUGAUCUUAAGACAACCUUUCCGGAUAUAGCACUGAGGCAUGCUAUUUCAAGUUUGUUGGGUAGAUUGGUUGAUCUGAUCCCUUCUGCAUUAUCUUCCCUUUCUGAACGAUGAUAGGAGACCGUCUAGAUGGCCUUUCAUGUUUAGGUUAUUGUAGAUUUCGAGAGUUAAUUUCUUUCAAUAUGCCUCUUCUGGACCCAAACUUUUGUCGCAGAUCACCCCCCGUAGAUUUUGUCGAUCCCUCAGUUCUUUCUCUCUGUUAAAAGGCGUCUUAUAGAAAAGAGAUGCGUGUGAUAGUUAUACACAAAAUGGUAAGACAUUGUCUGA